GUUUUUGAAAGCGCGCGAAUUUUGUAUAGUGCAGCAAUAUUUUGACAUUUGUGGACAAAAAUUGAAAAAAAAUGCCUUGGGAUAUUGUCAGUUCCGAUUUUGGAGGAGAAGAAACAGUCAACUUUGGUCCGCGAGAGGAGUCAGGGUCGGCACUGUACCAGAUUGAUACCCUGGCUACGAUAUCGUCACAGGAAAAGGAGGCAGAAGUUCCCCACAUCGUGAGUUCAGUGAGAGGAGAAUUAGCUUGUCUGUCUGUAGAUAGGCAUGUCUCUGUGUUCACCGAUUGUCAACACACCACCACUCUGGCUUAUGAUGCUGUCAUAGAAGAAAUGGCCCUGAGUGAAGACGGGGUUCUAAUGAUUCUGGGGCUCCAUAUUCUGGACAUGGAGACCUGUAAAAUGAUCUUCUCUCAUAUUGUUACACCGCCUAACAGAAUGGGGAAAACAUUUAGUCGGAUCAAGUGUUUUGAUGCAGGAGAAGGUUUGUACAAUUUAUUUGUGCUGGCAGUCAGUGGAGAACUAAAAAUAUUGAAGAGUUUUAACAAGGAAACAUUCUUGGCUGGAGGAGACGGGAUUCGUACCGUGCUGAAGGAGAAACUUAUCUCCACCAAUGUUAGUGACGUCCACUCCUUAGUAACUGACCUACUGUGUUUGAAUGACUGCUUCAUCACCAUGGGGAUUGGAGAUGGAAUUAUGGGAGUUUGGGAAUGGGAAGACAGGGAAGCAGUGUUGGAUGAAGAAGUUGGAGAUUACUUAAUCUCAGCCUCUGGAAUUGUUCAAGGAAAAGUCACAAGUGAUGGAAAUUUCUUAUUCUCACUGGAUACAAAGGGUAAUUUGUGUCUAUGGAGCACCCAGGCCUGGUUUCUUCUGAAUCAGUGGACAGAGGUCAAAGUUCAGGAGUUUCAAUUAUUAGAAACAAGAGAAGUUCAGAAUCAGGGGUUACAGGACCUGCGGCUAGCUCUGAUCACCACACCAGUAGAAGGCCACAGUACACUCAGGAUCCAGAGUCUGCCAAACUUUGAGAAUAUCUACAACUUACAGCUGAAUGCCCCCUGCUUCAUCUCAGACUGUCUGCCCUCACAGGAAUAUUUAUUUGUAGUGGAGUGUUGCCCUGAUGUAGAAUGUCCCAAUCUGGUGUCAACAGUAAGAUUCCGUUGUCUGACUGAGACCAAUCCAGAAACCAGACUAUAUCAUAUCCUCUCCAAAAAGAAAUUUGAAGAAGCAGUGCUGUUUGCCAAGAUGUAUCAUUUAGAAAUUGAUCAUGUAUACAAAGUAAAAGUGAAUUACCUGCUGGAGCAGUUGUCUCCCUGGAAUAUGAAGAAAUAUAGAGAAGAGACCACUAAUGACCUUAUACAACAACUCUGGGAAUGUCUACAGUUUGUCAAGGAUGAUUUAGAGCUGAUAGAGAACUGUAUGAACUCAGCCCUCCCUACACUGGUCCUCACACAACAGAUGUUGGAGCACUGCAGGAAAAUGUUGAUGGAAUUUCCAGAGCAGAAAUUAGAUUCCAAAGGCAAGAAAAAGCAGCACAGUUUGAUCACCAAGUUGAAUGAAAUCUCCAGAAGAUUGAACACCUAUCAUAUGGCAUACAGCUCUAAUCAGUACAGUGCUGAGAACUGGGACCAUUUCAGAAAGGCUGAUCUACUAGAGGAGGCCCAACACAACAUGAGGAUGGGGAAUCUUAGUGUGGGUCUCACCAUCUGGGUCCAGCAUCAGUCUGAGUGGGAGAGAAUCCUGAAGCCUGGUGUUGUAGAUGCCUUCCUGUCCUAUAUAUCAGAGAAAGUGAGGGCUGUAGAGAUACUGGACAUUAUUAUUGAGAUGGUGUUUUGUAGUCUGAGUGUUGUUUUGUAG